CAGGCCAUGGCCCAGCAAAGGAACGAUGAUCAGUACUCCUCAGACGCCGGAUCAGGCUCAACAGACUUCAGUGUUAUGGAAAUGUGCCCUUUAGAAGCCCGAUGCAACCCGUCGCUCGACGGCGCCUUCGAUAAGAGCGCGGUUUUGGAACGCGUCAGGCAGCUCUCUGCCCCCGAGCUUGCCUCGCUUUCGGAAUUGUGCAUGUGUCCCAAAGCAUGCAAGUACAAAACAGCAGUGGAUAGCGACGCCGCAUGGUGGCCGCACUGCGCAAAGGCAUGGUACGAGCCAGGGCAGGCACCCGAAAAGCCUGGCAAGCCCCCGAGGCAGCGGAAGACUUGGAAGAACGCUUACCUGGCUCUCCGGCCAGAGGAGGGCCCAAAUCCUGAGGAGAUCGCUUCAAGGCUCGAUAAGAUUGCACGACACGAGGCCAAAAUGGCAAGAUGGGACCUGGAGAGAAAAGCCGGACGCAUGUCCGUCAGAGGACGGACCUUGGGUGGCGAAACACUGCUCAGCCCUGUAGAGGGGAAGGAAGACAAAAGCGCCAUGCGUCAGUUCUACAAGACUGUUAGGUCGAAGCCCAAGGGGAAGACGAGCAAAGGGGGAGGAGGCUGUCUUGCGUCGAAUUUCGGAUGAGACUGGACAACAUUUGGAUUAGAAGUAGGUCGAGGCGCAAUAUUCACACGAGGGACGUAUUUUGUGAUCACUAAUGUUAGCUAGUUACCUAGUUAGGUACCUUCGAAUAGAUAAAAUUUGCUUUUGUUC